GUUCACUGUACUCUGCUCUCUCCUCCUCCCCCUGUGAGGGAGGGUCUUCUCCCGGAACGUUAGUGGGCGGACUUGUUCCCCAGUCGGGACUGUUUCCUGGUUGCACAUUCAGUUUGCUGGAAGCGGUUGUUAGUGGCGGAAGAAGAGUUGAAAGCAUGGCAACCAUGGCGGUAAGCUGGGCAGGCUGGGGUAAAAGGGUUUCAAUGAGAAUUGGGUUAUGAGGAGGUUAUUAGCAGGUCCUGGGAAGGCAGGGGGGAUAAUAUAACCAGGGACCCCCAUUCCCAGAAUAAUGUGUCCCCAGCAGGGCCCCCUGCCCCCCCCUCUGUGAGUGUUAGGGACAGUCUGAUCCAGCAAACAUGCCUGAUGGCAAUAGACAGGGCCACCAUGGAGUGGUAUUAAAUUGAGGGGAGUAGGAAAACCCCCCCCAGCUCAUGUGGCAGUGAAAGGGUUAAGUUUCAGAUGAGUAAGCAUUCAUUCAGUGGUUGUUUAAUGCACUCCAUGACACUGAAAAUCUUAGAUUUUUAGUAAUGGACAACCCUGCAGCAGCCCUGUAUUACAACCCAGGCAAUGGCAGUGAGACUGAGUGCAGAAUGAGUGAGCACCCCUCCUGCAGGCCUGUGUUAUGCCCCCCCAAGACACUGAAAGGGUUAAGGUUGAGUGUAAAAGGAGUAAUAACUCCUGCAGUAAUCUUGUAUUGCUGUGCCAUUGUAUUGAGGGUUAACUUUAACUUAAAAAAUUGAAUGAGCUCCAUAUUGCACUCACUAAGUGGUAAAAGGGUUAAUGUUGUGUGCCUGGUCUGGGUACAAUCCAUGUCUCACAUUUUUAUAUUGAUUUAUUUAUGCUGUUAGAUGUUGCGUACUCUCAGGACCAAGACAUUCUUUGGAGCCUGGAAAUUAGGCAAAAAGUCUGAGUUUGCUAAAUGACAGUAACAUUUUGAAUAACCCUUGCCCGGAGUAACACACCCUUCACCUUUGUAGUUUUUGGAGUAAAUGGCUAUAUUUUUGUGACUGUUGUAAUGCUGUUUCAGUAGACAUCUAAUCUACUGUAUAGUUUCCUUCAUAUGCGAUAUAGAAUGUCAGCUUUGUGUUUGUACCUCAGCGAUUCCUUUGCAAUUCUUAGUUGAUCUACCACCACUCCUAUGGUUCUCACUAAAUCUUUGUAAUACCUUGAAAAUGUAAUUCUGCUGUAGCUUGAAAGCAUUCCUUUUCAUCUCCUUUUGAUAACUUUAACAUAGCCGUAGUUUAGUUUAUCAUUACAUAGUUACUUAGUAGUAGUAGUGUAUAUUCAUUUUUUUUUCUUUUUUUUUUUUUUAAAUUCAUUUACAUCUUUAUUGUAUUUGUAAUGUGCACAUAUUUUCUCAGACUCCCAAGGUGCCCGAAGUGCGUGAUGUCACCAGAAUUGAAAGAAUUGGUAAGUGUAGCAAUAAUAUAUUUUAACUAGUUACAUAGUUUUGGUUUGGAAUAAGACUUUAGACUUUUUGCUUGUCUGCGUUUUAACUUUAAAAGUCAGAAUGAAGUAGCAGUGGUUUCUACCUGGUACUCAUACAAAGAGUGCACUGAAAAGGCUGUUUGUUUGGUGUGCUUUUUUUUUUUUGUUACUGCUCCUAAUUAGUUUCCACGGAAACUACAACUGUCACAUUGCAGCCUGUGUCCGUGGAGAUGAGGGCUGCAAACAAAGUUACGUUUGAAUUGCUCUCAGUGCUAUAUAUUAAAUGCUAGUUAUUCCAAUACAUUUGGCAACUUUAUUUUUUAUGAUUUACAAGAUAUAUAUAUAUAUAUAUAUAUAUAUAUAUAAUAUUUAAUUGUAAAAACAUUUUUAAAAUUAAAUAUAAAUAUAAUGAAUCUGUUACUGAAACCAUGCAUGCUAUGUAUUCACUAUUUGAAUUCUAUUAUGUAUGCUUUGUUUUGUGCUUACAGCUCUGCUUUGAGUUGCUAAUGUAAAGAGUCAAACCAUUUUUGAACAGUAUAUAUGACUUAUACGGUUCAGUGUGUGUGUGUAGUGUAAUUGUUCAGCUUUGCACACUAUGGUAGUUACUUAGAUUUAAAGGGAUGCUAAAGGCAACAAAACAACUUAGCUUAUUGACGCAGUUUUGGUCUGAAGAUAAUGCCUCUGCCGUCUCACUGCUCAAUUCUCUGCUAUUUAGGAGUUAAAUCACUUUGUUUAUGCAGCCCUAGUCACACCUCUCUGUGUGUGACUUAAAGGGACACUCCAGGCACCCAGACCACUUCUGCCCAUUGGAGUGGUCUGGGUGCCAACUCCCACUACCCUUAAACCUGCAACUGUAAUUAUUUCAGUUUUCCUAAACUGCAAUAAUUACCUUGCAGGGUUAAGUCUUCCCCUAGUGGCUGUCUUCUAGACAGCCACUAGAGGGCACUUCCUGGUCUAUAGCACAUGUUUUCUGUGCUAUAGCGUCGCUGGCCGUUCUCACGCUGUGUGAGGACCUUCAGCGUCACUAAAAUCGCCAUAGGAAAGCAUUGAAAAGCAUUUAAAAUGCUUUCCUAUGAAGAGGGCUAAUGCGCAUGUGCGACAUGGUCUCCCCAGCCGGCCGGCGGGAUCAGUCUCCCCCGCCGGCUGACGUAAUAAAGGGGAGGAGCGGAGGAAAAAACAGCGAUGUGGGACAUGUCGCUGCCUCUGGUAAGUGACUGAAGGGGUUUUCACCCCUUCAGCAGCUGGAGGUGGGAGGGAGAGGCGACCUGCAGUGCCAGGAAAACGGAUUGUUUUCAUGGCACUGGAGAGUCCCUUUUAAGCAGCCAUCCUAAACAUUUCCUGUGAAGAGAGAUCCAAUGCUUAAAGGACUACUAUAGUGCCAGGAAAACAUACUCGUUUUCCUGGCACUAUAGUGCCCUGAGGGUGCCCCCACCCUCAGGGACCCCCUCCCGCCGGCUCUGGGGAGAGGAAGGGGUUAAACACUUACCUUUCUCCAGCGCCGGGCGGGGAGCUGUACUCCUCCUUGCUCACGGCGUCAUCGGCUGAAUGCGCAUGCGCGGCAGGAGCCGCGCACGCAUUCAGCCGGUCGCAUAGGAAAGAAUUUACAAUGCUUUCCUAUGGACGCUUGCGUGCUCUCACUGUGAUUUUCACAGUGAGAAGCACGCAAGCGCCUCUAGCGGCUGUCAAUGAGACAGCCACUAGAGGCUCUGGAGUCUGGAUUAACCCUCAGUAUAAACAUAGCAGUUUCUCUGAAACUGCUAUGUUUAUAAAAAAAAAAAGGGUUAAUCCUAGAGGUACCUGGCACCCAGACCACUUCAUAAAGCUGAAGUGGUCCUUUAAACUUCCUUUAUUGCACAGGCUGCUAAACAUAGACUUUAUCUCCUGACCCUGCAUAAGCCUCCUGUUUAUAAUUAAAGUUUCAUUUAGACAGUUAAGAGUAAAGUAAGUUAAGAUAUGAUUUGAAAACAUUUUUAUUUUAUUUAUUUUUUGUCAGUCACAGCUGGGGAGGUGUGGUAAGGGCUGCAUGGACAGAAACAAAAGUGAUUUAACUCAUAAAUGACUGAGACUUCUCUGCUCACUUGAGCAGAGAGACUGCAGAGGCAUGAUAUAUACACCAAAACUGCUUAAUUAAGCUAGUUAUUAAGUUAUUUUGAUGCCUGUCUUGUCUAAAGGAACGCUCCACUGCUCACAUAGGCAAACAAUAUCACUGUUUAGUUAGUAGAUAUACCCCCAAUGAAUACAUGAAUUUUUCAUGCAACUAUUUGUUGUGGUGUAUCUUUAAAAAGCUUGUAAAGACUGCAGCCUUGGCAUGCCCCUCCCCUUUUUUUUUGCUGGAAGAAAUGUUCAGUCUCUUCACAGGGAACUAACCAAUCAGAGGCUUCUCAUUGAGACGUCUCUGAAUUGGUGUCCACGUGCGCACGUCUGGUCUGAGUUCGAUGUGGGAGGAGGCAGACAUGCUUUAGUAAAGCAUGCCUGCCACUUGCGUUACCUCAAGGGAGCUAACGGAAGGAGGCUGCAAACCUCCCUGGCUGUUUGACAGCCAGGGGGCGUUCCCUUGUUAAUUUAUAAAAGUGCUGGUUAAACAAGAAUACUUCACACCUGUAUAGUGCUUUUGGGUGUGGAGUGGUCCUUUAACUUCCAUUUCCCAUUUUGUUCAACUAGCAUUUUACUACAAUUCCUUUGCUCCUCCAGUAUACAUGGUAGGCUUAGGAUUAUGAGAAGUCUAGUUCACACAAUCUGUGCAUAUAUACUGCUAGAGUUCUUCACUGCACUGAUUGAUGGUAUUCCUCUUUUUGGUAUGAAAACUAUUUUCAAAGCCAAAUUCUGUUUUGUGGCAAUUCAUUGGCUCUUGUCUCACUAGGUGCCCAUUCUCACAUUCGAGGACUUGGUCUGGAUGAAGCUUUGGAACCCCGACAGGUAAUGCAAUAUUAAUAUGUCUGUAAAUUCCCACAAUAUAAAGGUUUUUGUUUUCUUUCUUCAUGUCCUCCUACUUUAGCAAUAAAUAUUUGCUGUUUUUAAUUUAUUAGUUAGGAAAAAGUUUUUUUGAAAUAAAAAUUAAAGAAAACUGAAAUCCAAACAUUUUUUCAUAGGUGAAAUACAAUGCAUUUUAGACCAGUAUUGGAAAUAGUUAAAAAAAAUAUAUAGAUAUACAUAUAUACACACACAAAAAAUGAGACCUAAAAGCAUAGUUUUGAUUUAAGAGUAAAAUAAAUGCCUUUUGUUUGUGUAUUCAUUAAAUGUGAUUAUCUGUUCUUGUUUUCUUGUCUGUCUCUCUCUUUGUGUGUGCUGUAGUCAUUCUCCAUGUUUUGAAUAGGACGUUUCCGAUUCUAUUUUAAAUUUCUGAUUUCACAGUUUAUCUCUAACUGACAAUAUUAAAUAUUUUACCUUCAUGCUCCUCAAAGCUUUUUCGCUCUCUUUCUUCAGGUUUCGCAGGGUAUGGUGGGCCAGCUGGCUGCUCGCCGUGCUGCAGGAGUUAUUUUGGAAAUGAUCAGAGAAGGCAAAAUUGCAGGACGAGCUGUGCUGAUUGCAGGACAACCUGGCACUGGAAAAACAGCCAUAGCUAUGGGUAGGUCUAUAAAUCAACAAGAAUUUAAGGCUGUAUUUCCCUAUUUAAUGCCAAUGUUGUUUAUGGCACAUUCACCUGGGAUCUUGCCUUUAAGACAGGCUUCCAGUUCGAUUAGAAGGUCCCAUGGUUUGAUUGUUGAACACAGUUGCGGUGCAGUAGGGAAGUGUUCAGUUUGAAUUAACAAAUGUAAAUCUUAAAGGAACACUGUCAUCACUUCUUUAUAUAUAUUUUUUUAAUAUAGCCUGUGUUUUAAUUGUUUUGUAAUGUCCACCUGGGCUGACAUUUUUAAGUCCUCAUUGGUUUGAAGAAGGAAAAAAAAUUACAAAAUCUAGAAAUGGUACACAUUCAUGAAUCCUGACAUAUGCAAAAAUGUUAAAUUAUGCAUGGUCUUCAAUUGGAUAUGUGGUGCUUCUGGCCAAAGACGUGUUGAGUACUGGAUCUGCAAAAGAUAAGAGAGGAGAAGCACUGAUAGGUGUCUUACUAAUGGGUAUGCUUUACAAAAUAAUGCACACAUAAGCUAUAAUAAAUGUAAUAUUUUAUUAUUCACAAUAAGUGUUCCUUUGUAAUGGGCAACUUUGUAUUGUUUAAUUAUAGUAAACUCCAGGUUUUGGUGAACGUUUUACCAUGUCCAUGAAUCCUACCUUCUUUGUUAUUCAGGCAUGGCACAAGCCCUGGGCCAAGAUACGCCAUUUACAGCAAUUGCUGGCAGUGAAAUCUUCUCCCUAGAAAUGAGCAAAACUGAAGCUUUGACGCAAUCAUUCCGUCGUUCUAUUGGUGUCCGAAUCAAGUAAGCAUUACUGUCACUGUGACUAUCUUUCGUACUUGCAUUAUAAACAUCUGUCUACUGCAGGUUCUGUAUUUAACGGAUUUACAUGGUGUAACCGCGGCUGGUUCCCUUAUUUACCACUACAAUGUCUUAAAGCAUAGAACUUAGUAGGGCUAACCAUACAGAUAUCUUAGCCAUAAUUUUAUAUAGUUAGUGUAAGAGAUCCUCUAUUUAAAAUAUAUAAAUAAUUGAGAAUACAAUAUAAAAUAAGGAUUGUCUUGGAAGCAAUAGCUUUGUCUUUUAGAUAUUUAUUAUAUAAAUAUAGAGAGAUAAAAUCCAUUAUAGCAGAGUUUAUAAGAUUAAAUGCUUGCAAAUAUCAUUAAUAGGUUAACAUACCCUUCUGAACAUGUCAUCAUGUCAGCCUAUCUGUCAUUUUAAGAUGGAGCAGCGUCUGUCUCCAAGUCUCUCCUCUGUGUCUUUUAAAAGUACACCUAUUUAUACCUUAGGUGUCUCCAUUUUAGGGUCACCGUAGUUCAUAUAUAAAAAAGUAACUUCUUUUACUUUAUUCAUUUUAGGACCUCCCUUAAUUUGGCAAACAUACAAGGCCAUAACUAAAGGGUGUAUACGUCAUGGAAAUUUUCCUGACUUAGUUCAAGAUGGCAUCUUAAAGUCUGAAUAGCUUACCUGUUGUUUAUACUAAGUCGUAAGUGCACAGUCGUGGGAGAUACCCAGAUUUGGGGAAGUUCCAUUAACUUGGGGUUACAACAGUAUAUUGUGUACUGAAAGAGUCGUCGUAUAGCCUUGAAGCUUUUUUAUGCAUUAUUGUUAUUAUAAUUCAUCUGGGACAAAAUGGCGCAAACAUAUUAUGCACUGACGUUAUUGCUUGAAAAACAAUAUGUUCCAUUUCUAACACCUUGUCAAUUUGCAAUAUCUCUUAAACACAAAGUACACAGUUUAAGAAAUACAACAUUUCAUUCUAAAACUUGUAAUAUUUGCAUUUGCCCAUAACAAUGGUUAACCCAAAUCCUUAACAUGUGCCCAUUGGUACUCCAUGUGAGUAUGUACUUCUGCAUACAUAAUCACUUCUAAAUUGCCAAGUACAUGGGGGAAUGAAACAAUGCAUCUCUAUAAGCAAAGUUCAGUGUCUCCAUUGCAGAGGGUGGAGAGACUGAAUGGCAAAACUACAAUGUGCAGCACUGCCCCAGGAAGCACCUCAACUAGCCAUCAGAGGAGUGGCCACUAGAGGUGUUCCUAGGCUGUAAUAUAAACACGGCAUUAUCUCUGAAAAGACAGUGUUUACUACAAAAAGCCUGAAGGGAUUGAUUCUACUCACCAGAACAAAUACAAGAAGCCUUAGUUGUUCUGGUGACUAGUGUCCCUUUAAAAUAUAGUUCAGCCUGCUUACUUUGUUUUAGCAGGAUACACGUCACUUUAAAAAAAAAAUAAAAAAAAAUCUAUCUUGUCCUACUACUAUUUUCUGUUUGCCCACCCAUUGUACAGUGCUGUAUAAUAUGUUGGCAAUUUAAUAAGGUGUUUGGAACAUGUGAGGGAAGAACUUAUUCACUUUACUCACAAUGUAACACAAUAAGUCCUGCCCUAUUUUAACCCCUUAAGGAUCAUGGACAUGCCUAGUACAUCCGCGGCAAAUAUGAGUGCUGGAAGCGAUCGUGAUCACUUCCAGCCGCUCUAAGGGUAUUGCAUCGAGGCAUCCUGCAAUACCUCUCCUGACUGCUGGGCCGCCGAGUGAUGCUCUGCCUAAGAAAAAAGAUAUCUGCACUCUUCCCAAAUCCCUAUGCAUAUUUAAACAAGUGGAGAUUAUUUAGGUUCUCCAAUGGCCAUGAGAGACUUUAGCCCACCUGCCACAUAAAGGCAAACCUCUCAGGUGGGUCCUACACUAACCUUUUACCUUGCUUCUUUGAGCUUCUGGCAAAAAUAUCUCUGAGACAGAAAUGGGUAUUUUUAUAUUUAUUUUUUUUAUACACCCCUACAUGCUUAUUAACCCCUAAUAAGGAACACAUGGGAUGGGUGGCACCAUUGUAACGUAGAUACAAAUACCAAAAAAAGUAGAUACAAAUACAAAAAAACAAGUCCUGCGCUCAAACUCCCAUCACUCCUAGGCGGCAGCAAUGACCAUAGCAUAUAUCCGCUCCAAUACAUACAUAAAAACCAAAGAAAAAGUUACCUGCGCUCUAUGAAAUAGCCUGCCUACCCAUCAUCAGACUCUCCCCUAUUCUUCAAUCGUUUAACUAAGAAGUGCUUUAAAACCCAUCUAUUCAGGAAAGCUUAUGGCCUCCCAGAAUAACCUCUACCUUACAUACCUGUCUCUUGCUGUCUCCUACUCUCUCCUCCAGCUCUGCUUCACUCCCACCUUAUUUGAUUGCUAUCUCCUGUCCUAUUGUGUUUCAUACCCUACCUUCACUAGGCUGUAAGCUCGUUUGAGCUGGGUCAUCUUCAACCAAGUGUUCCUGUAAAUGUUUGUAAUUUUCUCAUUUAUUGUUAAAUCUCCCCCCCUCGUGAUAUUGUAAAGCGCUACGGAUUGUGUUGGUGAUAUAUAAAUGGUAAUAAUAUUAAUUAUGGCGUUUCUUCUUGCCAAUUUGACAGAAUAAAACUUUAAUAAGAUAAUAGCUAUUAAUAAUGAUAUUUAACCUGAAAGGAUUCAUCUAGCUAGCAUAUGUUUUAAAAAUAAACCGAUGAUGAACUUUGCUUUACUUCUGCAUUCACGAUUAUAUUUAUAUUUUUUUUUACACCUUGGAUUUCAGCUUAAAAGUUCACAUUACAAUCAGUGCGUUCAAUUCGGUUUUUUUUCCCUUUCAGAGAAGAAACUGAAAUAAUUGAAGGAGAGGUUGUUGAAGUUCAAAUUGACAGACCUGCGACUGGAACUGUAAGAUUUUUAAAUUUAUUCAUUCUUUUGUGACCCAUAACUUUAAAAACAUAUUUACUCCAAGUUUAAACAUAAAAUUUGGUGACAAUUCUGUAUCAAAUAAAUAUGGCUUCAUGUAAGCUUUGUAAAGUGCAUUCAAAAUUGAAUAACCACAGACACACUUCUAGCCGUUGAAGAGCUUUUGUAUUGCUGCAGGCAUGGCUUGAUUUCUGAAUCUUUGCUGAAGCUUAAUAUUUGUUCUAUUAUCCCUGCCUUUAAAGGGUGCAAAGGUGGGCAAACUGACAUUGAAAACUACAGAAAUGGAGACCAUUUAUGACUUGGGAACAAAGAUGAUCGAAUCGCUGACAAAGGAAAAAGUUCAGGCUGGGUAAGCUGAUAAUGGCACUGGAUAUGGUUUAUCCGGAUAUGGGAUUUGGGAAUCCCUACUUUAUUAAACCCUCUACCUAUAUGGGAAGGCAAAAGUGCCUUUUUUUUUUUUUUUUUUUCCUUAAAUUUGUGUGUUUUUAUUUACUUGAUAUUUGUUCUGUUUCCUAGUUUAAUCUGUUUUAUUUGUUUCUUAGCGAUGUUAUUACCAUUGAUAAAGCCACAGGCAAGAUUACCAAAUUGGGUCGUGCUUUCACAAGAGCGAGAGACUAUGAUGCCAUGGGAUCCCAGGUAUGUUGGUGGAGAGAAAUUAUGUGUUGGGUGCAUGUUUUGCAUGAACUUGUUAAGUUAUUUUUAUUUUUUUUCCCCCUAUUUAGACCAAAUUUGUCCAGUGCCCUGACGGGGAAUUACAGAAGCGCAAGGAAGUAGUCCACACUGUCUCUCUACAUGAAAUCGAUGUUAUUAACAGCAGGACUCAGGGAUUUCUUGCUCUUUUUUCAGGUAUGGUUAAAGGGUAGCAUUUCUUAAAAAUUCUCCAGUAGCCUUAUACAGUGCAUUGCAUUGACAAGUUGCAGAUUAGUGGCACGCGGUAGCAAAGAACAUCCGAGAGUUUGCAACAGUGUAAAAGGUUAGAGAAAUGCAAACACUGGAUACACUGUUAUAAUAACCAUAUAGAAUGGGUGGAACCAGGGGGAGGAAAUACGUUUUUAGCUAGAGCAAGUACUUGGAUUUUAAAGAUUAGAGGGAUACAUAUUUUCUUGCCUACACUGCAUGAUGCACAUAAAAUCUGAUGAGUUUAGCCCUAGCUUCCAGUUCCAACAGGAAAUUAAAUAAAUAUGGCCGUUGCAAAUUACUGGGUGUCUGCAUGUUCAGAAGUUUCUUUGUAUAAACAGAUUCUUAAUGUUCAUUAAGAGCAGGAACAUGCAUGAGUAAGAGUUAAUGGUGCAUAGAGACAUGACGAUUAGUUUUAAGUUGUUUCCAGGUGUACAUUUUCAGUUUAAUUUUCCUUGUAGGAUGUGGGGGCUGAGUACUUUUAUUGUAAGAUCUUAGUGUAGAAUAAACUUGCAGUUAAAGGACCACUAUAGUGCCAGGAAAACAUACUCGUUUUCCUGGCACGAUAGUGCCCUGAGGGUGCCCCCACCCUCAGGGUCCCACUCCCGCUGUGCUGGAUGGCGAGGAAAGGGGUUAAACUUACCUUUUUUCCAGCGCCAGGCGGGGAGCUCUCCGAUUCUCCUCUUCGGCUGAAUGCGCACGCGCGGCAGGAGCUGCUCACUGUUAAAAAACAAAACCCUAGUGUCCCCCUUCCCAUGCAAGUGGGGGGGCUAGUGUGUGUGUCGUCGUUCCCCCCCCCCUGGCCCCACCCAUGAGCAGUGGGUAGGGGCCCUAAUUGAAAAUGGGGGGGACCUAUUGUGCUCCCCCCACCCAUGAGCAGCGGCUGGGGCCUUAAAUAACAAUAGGGAGCAGCAGGUGUCGGCCCUAAAUGAAAAUGGUUGUGUCCCCUUCCCCCCCCACCCCUCCAAUUCCGAUCCGAACAAAGUCCUGAACUAUUUCCAUUCUAUUAGGACGAAAUUCUGUAGUUUCGCCGGCAUUCUGUCUAAAUGACAGGACAAUAGGGGAAAAGUGAAAGGAGGCUUUGCGGGAACACGGAGGAAAGUUGAGAAUUGUGGGAAAAUUGCUCUGACCACCGAAAAUGAAGCACACUUUGCUCCUCCGCUGGUCAGAGCUGGUCAGGCGUGGGAAACCUCCAUAAGACAAAUAGUCCCUACUUUGUCUUAUGAUUUUAAAGAAAACUAGAGCAGACAUGAAGAAAUGAAGAACUGCUCCUGACUGAGGUAGAAAAGAGGAAUCAAUUGAGGAAAGGUAACUACUGCAUGACCGUGCCGCCUUAAGUGUGAAAAUAGUCUUGUAUUGUAGUGAACAUGAUAGUGUAUCUAGUUUUUGAAUAUUUCCUCAUUUUAUGGUAUUUCUUUCGGAUGUAGGUGACACCGGAGAGAUCAAAUCUGAAGUUCGUGAACAGAUCAAUGCGAAGGUGGCAGAAUGGCGAGAGGAAGGAAAGGCAGAAAUUAUCCCUGGGGUAAAUUAAUAUCCUCUGAAAGGCCUGAUCAUUUUGUUAAAGAUUUUUUACUAAGUUCAUUUUUAGGUGUAAAUAUAAUCAUAUUUUAUCCCCAUUCGGAUAGCUUGCUACUCAAGUUCGUAAAUAUAAUCAUAAGUACUUUGCAAUGCGUAUUUUAAGGAAGUCAAUAGGACUUUCUACUUCAAGUGGUGAAUUUGCAAUGCUAUAUUUGCUGAUUAUGGGGUUUAUUUACUAAAUUCCAAAUUGUAGCUAAUUGAAAUACAAAUGGCAAGAUUUUAGCAAAAGUAUUAAAAAUGUGACUCUCUAAGUGAGUUGAAGAGAUUCUCCAAAUGAUCUAUUUUAGCCUAAAUUGGGUCACUUGAAUUUCAGUUUUCUUCAGUUAAGAGGUUAGUGCUUAAGAAAUACAAUUCUGGAGAAAGUGUGGUUUUUUUUUUUUUUUUACCAGGAUGAAACAUUUUCAUUUGCAAAGGGUUCACAUCUUCGUAAAUCUUUAUAUUGUUUUGACUUCUGUUUAACCCUCUGUUUUCUCCCGUAGGUGCUCUUCAUAGAUGAGGUACACAUGUUGGACAUUGAAUGUUUCUCAUUUUUGAAUCGGGCUUUGGAGAGUGACAUGGCUCCUGUGCUGAUCAUGGCCACGAACAGAGGUAUCACUAGGUAAGUGACCUGCAGUUGGCAUGGAUUUGCUUUUCCCUUCUAAGAACAAAUGUAUUUCAUUUCAAGAUAUUAAUGAGAAUUAAAUGUAUUUUAGGAUUCGCGGAACAAACUACCAGAGUCCCCACGGAAUUCCAAUCGAUUUACUGGACCGGUUACUUAUCAUUUCAACGUCACCAUACAAUGAAAAGGAAACCAAACAGAUCUUGAAGAUCAGGUGAGUUUUCUAGUUUACUGGAUUGAAAACUGUUUUUUAUUAUUUGUUUUAAAUAUAUAUAUUUAAGAUCACUUAACAUAGCAUUAGCAACCUGCUUCAUGCCAGUUUGCAAGCUUUUCCCUCCAGUAAGGAAGAUCUAAAUCAGAUUUGUAAACGCUCAGGUAAAGUUUUUCACUAAAGUGUAAUUGCUAGGAAUUCAUAUCGAAUUUAGAGAUUUGGUCAAAAUAGGAGAUUUAGAAAAAAUAGGUUAGUUCUGUGUACAGUUUGGCUAUUUUGGCCUUGCAUUUGAAAUUCAUAUUGAAUUCUCAGCAAUUUUAGACUAAAAUGCCUGAACUGAAACCAUUUAAAGGGACAUUAGGCACCCGCACCACUUUAUCUCAUUAAGUGGCCUGGGUGCAGUGCGUCUGUUCCCUUAACCCUGUAAUGGAAAACAUUUAGAGAAACCGCAGUGUUUCCAUUGCAGGCUUUAGACUGCCUCUAGUGGUUGUCUCCCAGAUAGGCGCCUCCUGGCUUUUUACAGACUUUAACUCCAUGAACCAAUGCUGGAAGGCCUCACGCUUUGCAAAUCCCCAUAAGGAAGUAUUGAUUCAAUGUUUUUCUGUGGGUAAGGCCUAAUGCAUGUGCUGGCUGCGCAUGCUUAUGUUCCCCUUUGCGCUAGGUGAAGAAGGAGCCAGUGUUUUGAACUCUUGCUGCUGGGUUAGUGGAACAUUAUGUAGUGUUAGGAAUAAAAAGCUGAAUUUCUAACACCAUAGUGUUCCUGUAACUUUGAGCAUUUUUCUAGUUCAGUUGUGAUCUAAAAUGUACAUUCACUUUCUGACAGUUUACACUAUAGUAAAUAACCUUGUCUGUUUCUAGACUAACCAGAAAAUGAGAAUAGACAUAAUGUGUGUUGUGGACUGUGUUUUCCAUGAUACUCAGCUAGUAGAAUGACUGGCUGAGCUUCACAGGAAAAUCAGACAUGGUACUCUGUGUCAACGGCUAUCUUUCAUUUGUGGCUUUUCUGUAGGUGUGAAGAGGAAGAUGUGGAUAUGAGCGAGGAUGCUUACACUGUACUGACGCGGAUUGGUAUGGAAACCUCUCUCAGAUACUCCAUCCAGCUCAUCACAGCUGCAAGUCUGGUCUGCAGGAAGCGAAAGGUGGGUUCUACAGUUCAUAUUCUGGUCCAUUUUUUUAAUUUAUUUUUUUACUUUUUUAUCUUGGCUAACGUGUAUUUUGGUCAUGCUUUAAACCUGUUUUAAAAUAACUAUAAAACCAGAUUUCUAACCCUAAAGCUGCUUGCCUUGAGAUUUCUUAUGUGAUCUUUAUGGUCUUGACAAUAGAUAUGUGGUUUGUUUUUUAUUUUUCCAUAAAUGUUUUUUAAAACAUGUAUUUAUUUUUUUUCUUCAUAAUUUAAUAUGCUUUGCGCUGUUUACUGGACUUUGGAAUUCUUUUUCGGACGAGCAUGUUUUUGUCCGAAUUCUGGCUAUUCGUCCAAAAGACAAAUGAACAAAUAGAAAUUACAACGAACAAAAUUAAAACUUAAUUGCUUGUUGGCUGAAAUUCCAUCCUGCAAUUUGUUCUUUCAUUAGCAAAUGUAAUCAGGAAGCAUUAGUCUGGGUGCCGCUUACUCUUCCCAUUCACAAAAUGAAGUGAAAAUGGUACGUACUUGCAUUUUAAUUUCGAUUAAGUAGUUAUAGUGCCCGGAGUAAAGAUUGGAAUACAUAGGUAACAGUGUAAGGUGCAAAUAGAUUUAUACUGGACGAGAAGGACAAAAUAAAAUAUACAAUGUUUAGGCCCUGACUAGGGCCUCACAGCCGAAACGUAUAUUAUUUUGUCCUUUUUGUCAAGAUUAAAUCCUUCUAUUUGCACCCUACACUGUUACCUAUGUAUUCCUAUCUUUACUCCGGGCACUAUAACAAAUUAAUCGAAAUGAAGUUCUUAUGGUGCAAGUGUAUACCAUUUCCUCUGUUUUGUGAAUGGGAAGCAUUUUUUCGGUUUGUGGCGGACCCCUACCACAGAGCUCCAAUGUAUUUUACUUGUGGGCAGCGCUCCAUUAUAUUGUGCAUAUUGCCUGGCGCUGCCCUUAAACUGUUUGAAUACAUUGUCCCUUGUUUUAAUAUCAAUAUAUAUGCAUCAUUUUGCAUCAAAUCUAAUAAUUUGUUACAGUUUACAAGUACCUUUCAAAACUGUCCAAAGUUACGGACUUACUACAGUUUAUUUGUUAAAACAAAAGUAGUGCCAGGUCAGGUGUAAACAAAUCAGAAAAUGGCAAAGUGUCCUCUUCCCUUAAACAUUUAUUGUUUGCAAGUGCCACGAUAGACCGCGCUCAUUGCCAGAGAGUGUCAGCUGAACUUUUUCAUCCAAGAGCUCAGUCCUGUAUCGGCCAUGCUUGUGCUUUGUGGAGAGACCCGUCUUCUUCUAUAGGAGACUGCUGGAUGUGACGUAGGCACCUGGGGACCCACAGAAGUCCUAAAACUGUUCUAAAAGAGUUUAACUCUGGGACAGAGCCAGGGCACUUUUGACAAUAACCCCUACAGCAGACUCUGGUGGUUCUGAUACCUUUUAAUGAACAAAGAGGUCAUUGAGCUACAUUAAAACUAAUUCCCUGAAAGAGCGGCUUCCCUUGGCAUUGAACAUUCCUACUCUAGAGUGAGUAGUAGGGCAGCCAUCUUACUCUUCCAUUACUGUUUUCCAGGGAAAUGACGUACAGGUCGACGAUAUCAAACGAGUAUAUUCCCUCUUUCUUGAUGAGUCCAGAUCAACACAGUACAUGAAAGAAUAUCAAGAUGCCUUUAUGUUUAAUGAAAUGAGUAAGUAUUCAAGUGCCUUCGUUCUGCUUACUGUGUCUCAAAGAUAAAAAGAAAAUGUGAUUCCUGCCGUAAUCAAAUAAUCACUUUUACUAAUGUUACGUUUAUAUAUUGUUUUUCCUAUUUUGCAGAAGGAGACACCAUGGACACGUCGUGAUAAUCAGAGAAUGAACUGAAUGCUUUGCAUUUUUUUGUUUUUGUUUUAUUAUUCCUUAGUCUGGUUAACCUUUUGUAUGCCAGAGUUAAGCAAUGCAUUGAAUUAGGUCAUGCAUGCCUACCUGUCACUCAAAAGGUUAAACAAUUUGUUUCAUGCCUUAUGUUCAUGCUGUUGUGAUCGGUCUCCCUUUUUAUAUAUAAAGAACAUUCUAAUUGAUUUACUUUGUGUGUUUGUGUAUACAAAUAUAUCAUGUGUUUUGUGUUUAAGCACGUAACUGUAUUGUAGAGAAACAAGCUAUUGGGUACUGCAGUUAGAGACAUGAUGC